ACCUCCCCCAAUGUAAGGACCAAGUCUUUAUCUCUCAUAUCCCCUCUCACUGUUUUUUUUUAUAGUGUUUGAUGGAGAUUAGGUUUUGAUGAUCACAGUAGCCCCACAACUACUUCUAGGCUCCAAAGACCUGACCUUUCUUUGUUAAAGACCCAAGAAUUUUCCUUUGCAUUCUCUCUCUGAAUUUAACACCCCAAAACACUCUUGGGUUUCUUCUUUCUUUCUGGUUCAGUUUUUUUCUUCCUUUUUUCUUUAAAGGUUGCAAAUUUGAGUGAGAGAGAGAGAGAAAGGAAAAAAAAUGGAUUAUUAUGAACAGCUUGCUGCUAGGCCCUCUUAUCAAGAUUCUCUCAAGGUUCUUGAGGCUGAUGUUCAGCAUGCCAAUAUGCUGGCAGCUUCCAUACCAAGAAGCAAGGGUGGUACGUUUCUUCAAAUGAAAUUGGUUUACAAUCAGUUGGCACCAAUUUUCCUGUUUUUGCUUCAAUGGAUUGAUUGCUCGUCUUCAUGUUUACUUGCAAGUUACUUGAAUCUUUUCGACAUAGUUGUAUAUAAGGUGCGCUCAGACGGGAGGGCAAAUAUCUCUUCUUAUGGAAGAAAAGCUACUACCAGUCAAUUCUACAAUAUUAUAUUACCGUCCCUUCAGCGUCUCCAUGGUGAUUCCUUGGAUGUGGAUAUCACCCAAGAGGAAGAUCUAGAGAUGGUUGUAAAAAAGAGAUAUGAGGAUAAGAUAAAGCUUUCUGAUGUUGAAGUGGAGAGAGAAAGGGAAUGUGGUAUCUGCUUAGAGCCUUGCACCAAAAUGGUUUUGCCAAAUUGCUGCCAUGCCAUGUGUAUCAAUUGCUACCGUGACUGGAACACAAGGUCAGUGUCUUGCCCAUUUUGCCGGGGAAGUAUAAAGAGAGUGGAUUCCGGGGACUUGUGGGUUCUGACAUGCGGAAGUGAUGUGGUUGACACUCAAACUGUUUUGAAGGAGGACAUGUUGCGGUUUUAUCUUUUUAUUAACAGUCUGCCUAAGGAUGUCCCCGAUGCUCUGUUCGUAAUGUACUAUGAAUACUUAAUAUGAUCUAACAUACAAAAUGAUGUAUAGAGAAAUAGCCAACCGUCACAUGUACAGAGUCUGGUAAGGCUUUCAUGUGGAAAGUUUUAUUUCCUUGUUCUAGUUGUGCAAAAUAAUGUACAUGCUGUAUGUAAGAGACGAAAUAUGAAUAUAAAUGAGUCAUCUCUUUCCGCAUGCAA